AAUACGAGGCCACUGACUUGCUCCAGGCCCAGUGAUUUCCCCUGAUUCGUGGACGACGCCCGCCGCUAUGUCGGAGACCGCGCCUGUUGCCGCGCCCGCUGUCGCGGCUCCCGGGGCCAAAGCCACCGCCAAGAAGCCGAAGAAGGCGGCGGGCGGCUCCAAAGCCCGCAAGCCCUCGGGCCCCAGCGUCACCGAGCUGAUCACCAAGGCCGUGUCCGCCUCCAAGGAGCGCAAGGGGCUCUCCCUGGCCGCGCUCAAGAAGGCGCUGGCGGCCGGCGGCUACGACGUGGAGAAGAACAACAGCCGCAUCAAGCUGGGGCUCAAGAGCCUCGUCAACAAGGGCACCCUGGUGCAGACCAAGGGCACCGGCGCCUCCGGCUCUUUUAAAUUGAACAAGAAGCCGGGUGAGACCAAAGAGAAGGCAACCAAGAAGAAGCCGGCAGCCAAGCCCAAGAAGCCGGCGGCCAAGAAGCCCGCGAGCGCCGCCAAGAAGCCCAAGAAGGCGGCGGCGGUGAAGAAGAGCCCCAAGAAGGCAAAGAAGCCGGCGGCCGCCGCGGCCAAGAAAGCGGCCAAGAGCCCCAAGAAGGCUGCCAAGGCUGGUCGCCCCAAAAAAGCAGCGAAGAGCCCGGCCAAGGCGAAGGCAGUGAAGCCCAAGGCAGCCAAGCCUAAGGCAGCCAAACCCAAAACGGCCAAGGCGAAGAAGGCGGCGCCCAAAAAGAAGUAAAGCGGCUUAGAAGAAAUUAUAGAGUCUACUCAUUUAAAUAAACCCAAAGGCUCUUUUAAGAGCCACCCA